AUGGGUCAGGGCACGGCAUCUGAUUUAGUGGUUCAGGUCGUCCUGAUUGCUGAAUCAAUGCGUUUGCAGGCAAUGAUGGCAACGUAUGGCAUACAAACACAGACGCCUCUGGAGGUGGAACCGGUCCAGAUAUGGCCGCCCUCUCAGUUGGUCAAAAUGUACGAACUUUUGGGUAUAAACCUUAAACUUGGUCUAAAGGGUAGACCCGCCCGACCUAUCGGUGCUUUAGGCACGAGUAAAUUGUACAGAAUAUUCGGCCAAACAGUGCUCUGCUAUCCCCUCACUUUUGAAUUGUCGGAUUUUUAUUUGUCGCACGACAUGGCCCUACUUAUCGAUGACAUCAAAAAUGAGUUGCAUUUUGUUGGCAAAUACUGGCGAAUGUCUGGUCGGCCCACAGUUUGUAUACUCAUCAGAGAAGAACAUUUACGGGACGUUAACUUUAAGGAAAUGCUCGACCUUUUAGUUGAAUUUAAAAAGGGUUACUUACAGUCGGGCCUUAAGAUCAAAACGGGUCGACUGCAGAAUCUGAUCAGUUCGUCGACAAAACUUGUGAACCUAAAGGAGGUGAAUAAGGGCAGGCUUCGCAACGGGUUUAACCUCUCGAAAGCGGUUAACCUCGUGUGCUACCCUCAGCCGAUAGCACUGUACGAACACAGGCCCACGUGGCCCGACAUUAUGGACGCUCUGAGAACCUGCGACACUCUCUACGCUCAGAGCCAACUCUUGGGUAUACUUUACAACAGAGAAGGCAAUCACUUCACUCUUCCCGACGGAACCACAGCUAAAGAGCGUUUAGAGCGGCUGUCGAGACAGGCCGGGGCUUUGCGGCACUGGUCUGUUGUCCGCUACUGUAGCUCUAUAUUGCAAAAACUGGUCGACUCUAUCUCGCCAUACAUUACAUCAAUACUAGUGAGCGGUAAACAGAUAACUGUUGGCACGUAUGGCCACAAAGAGGUGGCCAUCGAUCACCCGCGCACUCCCAAAGAGAUUCACGAACUGUUAUAUGAUGUGAUCCGCGAGCCAUACGAUGCCGUACUUCAACAGGAGAUCAUCUUAUAUGUGGGUCGACUCAUAUCGACGACUCCUCACUUGUUUGACGGUAUCGUUAAGAUCAGAGUCGGUUCGUUCGUUGAGGCCAUGAAAUUCUACCUCAGCUUCAAGAACGAGAAGCAGACAACGUUGGAGUCACUCGCGCCGAGUCAAGUGAGACGUGUCCUCUACAAAGUGCUCACCGAUACAGAUCUGGAGCCCCGCGAGAGGCGUCUCAUUGAGGGAGCCACAUGGCCUCCGGGCCUACCAUUACAAUGA